UCUUCUUUUCUUCUCUUCUUCUUCUUCCUCCCUCUCACCACGUCGACAACCAUCUCCAUACGAGCAAGCUCCAACUCCCCCCCCCAUCUUCAUCAUCUUCUCCAGUAUCUAGGGCACUAAGCUACCCUUCCACCCCCUCAUUUCAAGUCCCCAAAGGCAGCUCAGCUUCCUGAGUUCAAUCUCGCAGCGGUACAUACACCCCCUUUUCAAUCAAUCACCCCCCCCCGUGUUCCGUUACCCACACACACUCAGCCCUCCAACAUCAUGUCGACUGCCAACGAACUGGCCGAUAAUAUGGCCGCUGUCUCCAUCAACGACACUACCAAUGGCGCUACUCCCGCAGCUGCUGCUCAGACCGAUGCCACUGCUGCCAGUGCCGAUGAGGGACGUCGCUUGUAUAUUGGGAAUCUCGCAUAUGCGACCACAGAGGGGGAACUCAAGGACUUCUUCAAGGCUUACACCAUUGAAAACACCUCCAUCCCCGUGAACCCUCGUACCAACCGCCCUGUUGGAUACGCCUUCGUCGAUCUUGCUACCGCGCACGAGGCCCAGGCUGCCAUUGCUGAGCUCUCUGGCAAGGAAAUCCUUGAGCGAAAGGUGUCAGUCCAACUUGCCCGCAAGCCCGAGCCCGCUGAGAACAAGGGCGAGGCUGUUAGCGGUGGUGAGGGCGCUAGUGGAGGUGAAGGUCGCAAGAGAGGCUCUGGUCGCGGUCGUGGACGUGGACGUGGCCGUGGUGGCAGAUUCGGCCGUGGUGGCCGUGCGCCAAAGGAGCAGAAUGGAGAGAACGCGGAAGGAACCACUGAGGGAACCCCCUUGGCUGAUGUGACUAACGAGACUGGCGAUGCCUCCAAGGACGCUAAGGGACGUCCUCGUGUGCACAAGCAGCGUGGCCCACCGGAAGAUGGUAUCCCAUCCAAGACUAAGGUUAUGGUUGCCAACCUUCCUUACGAUCUUAGCGAGGAGAAGCUGAAGGAACUUUUCGCUGCCUACGAACCCGUCUCCGCUAAGAUUGCCCUUCGACCCAUCCCACGCUUUAUGGUCAAGAAGCUCCUCGCGCGUGGUGAGCCCCGCAAGGGCCGCGGAUUCGGAUUUGUCACUCUAGGCUCUGAGGCUCUCCAGGCCAAGGCUGUUGAGGAGAUGCACGGCAAGGAAAUCGAAGGACGUGAGAUCGCGGUCAAAGUUGCUAUCGACAGCCCCGGCAAAGAGGACGACGUCUCUGGUGGAGAGCAGGCUCCCGCUGAAGCCACCGCGGACGUCCCCGUCGCCGCUUAAAUCAACAAGACUGUAGCCCUACCCGACGAAAAAUGAAUAGGGGGAUUGAAAAGAGGGGUCCACAACAAGGCAUAUGACAAUUAAUUGAGGCUUUUUGAUGAAUAUUCUGUUAAUGGGCUGUAUGAAAUUGCUGAAAUGGUGAAAUGUUGUUUUUUACAGACUCUUGGAACUGUUUUUGCCGUUUCUUAUCCAGGCCCCCUUCCCUUGCCUCUCCUGGUUUCGUUACAAGAGGGUGGUCUUUGGGAUGGAUGCCAACGAGGGAAAAAACGCACAGGAAAAGUAUCCAUUUCAAACAACGCGAAAAGAGAAAGAAGACCAAAACAAAAAAAAAAAAAAGAAAAAAGAAAAAAAAAAGCAAUUCAACGAUCGACAAUCGACAAGCAGGAAAAAGCACCAUUGCAGAAUUUCCCAAUUUGGGCCUCAUGGCCCACUUCCUACGAUGUAUCUUAGAUAUUUUCAAUCAAAUUAUGAAUUUGUAUUAUUUCCUCGUUUA